GCUCGCUACUCUUUCAUCGCCUUCUUGUUCUCAACCACCAUGUCCUACAGCAACCCCCCGCCGCCCUACUCCGCCCCCGCUGGAAAGCUCUCUGGUCUCCCGCGCGACGAGGAGGCCGCCCAGCCCCUCCUGGGCAGCCCGGUCGCAGGCACCUCGUCCGCAGGAGGCAUCUACAACCAGCCUGAACUCGGAGACGUCCCAGAUGAUUUCAAGUACGGAACCACGGUCUCGGAGUGCGCACUGUCCAUCAGAAAUGCGUUCGUACGGAAGGUGUACACUAUCCUCUUCUGCCAGAUUCUGGCGACGACGAUUGUGGCCGGAUUCAUCUCUAGGUCGGACAGCACGAUCUUUUGGGUACAGACGCAUACCUGGUCACUCUACCUGCCUCUACUGGGCACACUCGUCAACCUGGGACUGUUGUUCUGGAAGAGACACAGUCACCCGUUCAACCUCGUCCUAUUGUCUACGUUCACGCUCCUUGAAGCAUUCACCCUUGGUGUCAUGACGGCGUUCUUCGACACUACGAUCGUGCUUCAAGCUCUGCUUAUCACGGUUGGCGUCUUCCUGGGCCUAACCCUAUUCACUAUGCAGUCCAAGUACGACUUCUCCGGGAUGGGAUCCUGGUUGUUCGUUGGCCUGUUCGCACUCUUCAUGACCGGUCUCGUCGGCAUCUUCGUUCCGUUCAGCCGCACCAUGGACUUAAUCUUCGCCAUUGGCGGCUGCCUCAUCUUCAGCGGGUACAUCAUCUACGACACCUACAUGAUCACGAAGAGGCUGUCUCCGGACGAGUACAUCUUCGCGUCGAUCAGCCUCUACUUGGACUUCAUCAACCUCUUCAUCAACAUCCUGAGGCUCCUGAACAACACCCAGAGCGACUGAUGGCGGCUGACUGACUAACCUUUUGGAGGACUGCAUUCAUUUGUACUCUAGUAGCGCUUGAUAUUCCUUUAUUCUUCUGUAUGCUAGUGCGUGUAUGCUUAUACUUGGC